AGCCCCGCCCCGGCCGCCGAGCCCCGCGCGGGCGGGCGGGAUGCCCCAAGGUGGCCGCACUUUGGCCCGAGCGCUGCCCUGAGUCGGCUGGCCCAGUGGCCGCAGCGGCGGAGCGCACCGGCGCUGCGGGCGCCAUGGAGCAGUGGCGGCAAUGCGGCCGCUGGCUCAUCGACUGCAAGGUCCUGCCUCCCAACCACCGCGUCGUGUGGCCCUCGGCGGUGGUCUUCGACCUGGCGCAGGCGCUGCGCGACGGUGUCCUCCUGUGCCAACUGCUGCACAACCUGUCCCCCGGCUCCAUCGACAUGAAGGACAUAAACUUCCGGCCGCAGAUGUCCCAGUUCCUGUGUUUGAAGAACAUCCGUACCUUCCUCAAAGUCUGCCAUGACAAAUUUGGACUGAGGAACAGCGAGCUGUUCGAUCCCUUCGACCUCUUCGAUGUCCGAGACUUCGGAAAGGUCAUCUCUGCAGUGUCCCGACUGUCCCUGCACAGCAUCGCGCAGAACAAAGGGAUCAGGCCUUUCCCCUCGGAGGAGACAGCGGAGAGCGACGAUGACGUUUACCGGAGCCUGGAGGAGCUGGCUGAUGAGCACGACCUGGGCGAGGAUGUCUACGACUGUGUCCCGUGUGAAGAUGAAGGAGACGAUAUCUACGAGGACAUCAUCAAAGUGGAGGUGCAGCAGCCCAUGAAAAUGAGCAUGACAGAGGAUGACAAGAGGAGCUGCUGCCUGCUGGAGAUUCAGGAGACGGAGGCCAAGUACUACCGCACCCUGGAGGACAUCGAGAAGAACUACAUGGGCCCCCUGCGGCUGGUGCUGAGCCCGGCAGACAUGGCUGCCGUCUUCAUCAAUCUGGAGGACCUCAUCAAGGUACACCACAGCUUUCUGCGGGCCAUCGAUGUGUCCAUGAUGGCGGGCGGAAGCACCCUGGCCAAAGUUUUCCUUGAGUUCAAGGAGAGACUCCUGAUCUAUGGAGAGUACUGCAGCCACAUGGAACAUGCCCAGAGCACAUUGAACCAGCUCCUUGCCAGCCGGGAUGACUUCAGGCAGAAAGUGGAGGAGUGCACGCUCAAGGUGCAGGAUGGCAAGUUCAAGCUGCAAGAUCUGUUGGUGGUGCCCAUGCAGCGUGUGCUGAAAUACCAUCUCCUACUCAAGGAACUCCUGAGCCACUCCACAGAUCGGCCGGAAAGGCAGCAGCUCAAAGAAGCUCUGGAAGCCAUGCAGGACUUGGCCAUGUACAUCAACGAAGUGAAACGGGACAAAGAGACUUUGAAGAAGAUCAGUGAGUUCCAGAGUUCCAUAGAGAACCUGCAAGUGAAGCUGGAGGAAUUUGGGAGGCCCAAGAUUGACGGGGAGCUGAAAGUCCGGUCCAUAGUCAACCACACCAAGCAGGACAGGUACCUGUUCCUGUUCGAUAAGGUGGUCAUCGUGUGUAAGCGGAAGGGCUACAGCUAUGAGCUGAAGGAGGUCAUUGAGCUGCUCUUCCACAAGAUGACUGACGACCCCAUGCACAACAAGGACAUUAAGAAGUGGUCCUACGGCUUCUACCUGAUCCACCUCCAGGGAAAGCAGGGUUUCCAGUUCUUCUGCAAGACGGAGGACAUGAAGAGGAAGUGGAUGGAGCAGUUCGAGAUGGCCAUGUCAAACAUCAAGCCAGACAAGGCCAAUGCCAACCACCAUAGCUUCCAGAUGUACACGUUUGACAAGACCACCAACUGCAAAGCCUGCAAGAUGUUCCUCAGGGGCACAUUCUACCAGGGCUACCUGUGCACCAGGUGUGGCGUUGGGGCACAUAAAGAGUGCCUGGAGGUGAUGCCCCCCUGCAAGAUCAGUUCCCCUGCGGACCUGGACACGUCUGGAGCAGGACCGGGUCCCAGGAUGGUUGCUGUGCAGAAUUACCAUGGCAACCCGGUCCCUCCCGGGAAGCCCGUUUUGACCUUCCAGGCAGGGGAUGUGAUCGAGCUGCUGCGAGGAGACCCAGACUCCCCGUGGUGGGAGGGGCGGCUGGUUCAAACCCGGAAGUCGGGGUAUUUUCCCAGCUCAUCCGUGAAGCCCUGCCCAGUGGAUGGAAGGCCGCCCAUUGGCCGGCCACCAUCCCGGGAGAUCGACUACACUUCAUACCCCUGGUUUGCCGGCAACAUGGAACGGCAGCAGACGGACAACCUGCUCAAGUCUCAUGCCAGCGGGACCUACCUCAUCAGAGAGCGGCCAGCGGAAGCUGAGCGUUUUGCCAUCAGCAUCAAGUUCAAUGAUGAGGUGAAACACAUCAAGGUGGUGGAGAAGGACAACUGGAUUCACAUCACAGAAGCAAAGAAGUUUGAAAGCCUCCUGGAACUGGUGGAGUAUUACCAGUGUCACUCGCUCAAAGAAAGCUUCAAGCAACUGGACACCACACUCAAGUUCCCCUACAAGACUAGGGAGCGUGCCACCUCCAGGGCCUCCAGCCGGUCGCCAGCUCCGUGUGCUUCCUACAACUUCUCUUUUCUCAGUCCCCAGGGCCUCAGCUUUGCCCCUCAGGGCCCCUCCGCUCCCUUCUGGUCAGUGUUCACACCCCGAGUCAUUGGCACAGCUGUGGCCAGGUACAACUUUGCUGCACGGGACAUGCGGGAACUGUCAUUGCGAGAAGGUGACGUGGUGAAGAUCUACAGCCGCAUCGGCGGGGACCAGGGCUGGUGGAAGGGCGAGACAAAUGGACGGAUCGGCUGGUUUCCUUCAACGUACGUAGAAGAGGAGGGCGUCCAGUGAGGGCGAGACCUGGACGAGCCGUGAAGUCUGCCUCUGGCUCCUCCACGGCUCCCGGAGAACUGCCUGCCAAUCCUGCAGCUAUCGCUGGCCCACAGGGAUGGGGAGGGUGUUCCACCGUCACCUGCCCUUGCUGGCCUGUCCUUGGGUACAUUCCUUGUACAUAGAGGAAAUCUGGGAUGGCCCCACUCAGAGUACCAAGGAAUGGGGGCUUCUGCGGUGUGACCAGGCAGGCAUGGAUGACUGACAGCCAAGGUCGGGAGCCACCGCCUGCCCCUCUGUAUGAGAUGGUGAUCAGGAGCCUAGGACUCAACGAGGGCUGGGGACAACAGAGGGGCCCUCCCCAGCCUCACCUGCUCAGCCCCUAGCCUGAGUCACCUGUCUUCUCUGCUGCUUUUUGGGGUAGGACAUUAGGCCUCAGGAGGCAGGCAGGACCAGAGUCAGGCCAUUUGCUGUGAUACCCACUAUGCCCAGCUGUCCUGGGGUUCCGGGUCAGAGAGCUUGCACAGGGGGCCCCGGGAUUUUCCCUGACCACCUCUCUUCCCUCCACAUCAGAGUCCUGCUGAGUGCUCAAUGGGCAGGCCCGCCCUCUCAGAAGGGGCCUUCAGGAUGAUGCUGUUGCCAGCCCACCCCCAACCAGUGGUACUGCUCUUUGCUUGAGGUCCCUUUCCUAAACAUGGAAACAGAUCUUCCCUGCUGCCGGGGGACAUGUGUGAACCCUGAAGACCAGGGGAGAGGACCAGGUCCCUUCCUCAUGUCCCUGGCACUCUUGUUCUCACCGAGACACCCCCUUGAGUCUUCUGCAUCCCUGGUCCAAGGUCUAAUGCUGGCCCUUGCACUAGACUGUUCCAACACUUGGUAGGUGUCUCCACAAGGACUUCUGCAACCCACACACUGGGCCUGGGGCCAACCCAACAUAAGUGCUCUUGGGGUGCUUCUACCCCAUCACCUCCCUCUCUUGGUGCCUCCUAACCUUUGACCUCUCUUGGCCAGCCCCUGUUUUCUCUCCUCAUAGUGCGUAAGCCCUAUAGAGACUCGGGCUCCCUUUGAGUUCUGUGCCAAAGCUUAUGGUGAGACACGGACUUCCUUAGGGCCCUUUCUCCAUUCAGCCAGCUGCCCAGUCCUGGAUGAGGAGGGGACCCAGCCAAGGUUAGAGUUAGGGAGACUAUCACUGCCAGAGCGGGUCUGGGCACAUCACACCUGGGGAUGCUGAGGAUCCACCUGUGUCCUCCAGCUCAAUGCCCACACACAACAGCGUGUGCCGGCUGGGAUGUUGCGGGGGAGAUGGGGAGGGAUCCAGGAGUAGAUUAGACACCCCACAAAGGCAUGUGCUUUGAGAAGCUGGGAUAGGAGCAAGGGGUUGGCCUUGGAGAGAGCACACUUGAACCCAAGUCAGGUGCCGGGGGGCACUUUGCAGGGGACCCCAGCCCAGCCUCACUCAGUACAAGCCCAGGCUCCAGAGAGGCUGCUCCCAGCCACUUCCUGUUCCUUGUUUCUUGGGGAUUUUUUUUUGUUUCAUUUCCUUGUGUUUUGUUUUGCCUGUUUGUUUUCUAAGCGGGGGGGUGGGGUGGGGGAGCUGUAAUUAUUUCAUCCAAAUCUCCGGUUAUAUAUCUGUGAAUAAGAAGAGAUUUUAUAAGAGCAAGAAAUGGAUGUAUAUUUUAGUUUGUUGCAAGAUAAGUCAUCAUGAUAAUGGAGGACACCAGAAAAUAAUUUAGAGCCCGAUUCUGUGAA